CAUACUGUAACGGUGGCACAACGACGGGCUGGUGACCGAGGCUGCCGAUGGCACGUGCAGAAACUUGCGUAGCGACAGAGUACGUUGUUUCUGCUGAAAGACUGUAUCCUCGAGUCAGCGACUCUCACGAGUCUCUAGGCGCGCUCGAUCGACUUCUCAGGUCUAAAUGGGAGAAUGCAGCCGCUCAAGGUAUCUUACGCUUUAAACUCCCAGAUUUGAAAACUAAACUCAUCCCAGGACCGACCGGAUUUAUCGCGCAGCUAAACACGCAAAGAGCACUACAGAGGAGACCCCCUCAACACAUGGCACACCUUGAUCAACCCUUUGAUCCCAAACGAUUCAAUUUCACGGCUAUUGACUCAUCAGAGGUAUUGUUUAACAUUGUAAACAAAUUGGAUGGAAGUUCGGUAAGCAACGACAAACAGCAUGUUGUCGUAGUCAACGUUAGUCCACUGGAAUACUGCAACGUGCUUCUCAUACCAAGACUUGAAGCAUGCUUACCUCAAGUACUGACCGUCAAGUCACUAGAACUAGCGAUACUGUUUGCUCUCUCAAGUAGCAGUCGGAGUUUACGAGUUGCUUUCAAUAGUCUGUGCGCUUUUGCAUCUGUGAAUCAUCUUCACUACCAUGGAUAUUAUCUGGAUCGUCAAUUGCCUUGUGAACAAUGGGCAACGUCGCAUGUGGCUGGACCAUGUCACGAACUAGUUAACUAUCCUGCCAAAGGUUUUGUAUUCUAUUAUGAAGACGAAGGCGGUGCACUACACAUGGGGAGAUCUAUUCACAAAGUGUCACAUUACCUCCAUUCACAUAACAUUGCACAUAACUUGAUGAUCACUAGAGGCCACAUUCCCACUAAAGGUAAAAGCGAUGACAAAUCAUUAGGAUUACGAGCAGUUCUGUGGCCGAGAAAGUCAUCGAUAGGUGUAAAGAGUUCGUCUGCUUUCAACACUGCAGUCUGUGAACUCGCUGGCCAUCUACCAAUCUAUAAUGAAGACGACUACUACACAAUGACGGAUGAACGGGCGUGUAGGAUACUAGGAGAAACGAGUGUCUCCGAAAAUCAUUUCCAGAUAAUAAGAAGAGACGUGAAAGAUAUGUUUAACAACUUCUAGAUAUAUGCAUAUCUGUCUGUCAACUGUCUGUCCAAUUUUUACACUCACUCAAAAUUGAGU